AUGAGUCCUCUCGUCUUUUCGUUUCUCUCGUCUUUUCGUUUCUCUCGUCUUUUCGUUUCUCUCGUCUUUUCGUUUCUCUCGUCUUUUCGUUUCUCUCGUCUUUUCGUUUCUCUCGUCUUUUCGUUUCUCUCGUCUUUUCGUUUCUCUCGUCUUUUCGUUUCUCUCGUCUUUUUCGUUUCUCUCGUCUUUUCAGUUAAUAGUUUUUUUUUCUUGCUUUAUGCUUCCUCCUUCCAUCGUCACUUCUCCCUGUACGUCUUUUCUCUGUCGCACACUCUCACUGUGGGUCUCUUUCUUUUUUUUUAUGAUCCCUGUUGCCAUCCAUCUGGAUCUCUCUCUCCCCCCCCCCCCCGUACUGUCGCCCUCUAUCUGGGUCCCCCCCCUGUACUGUCUCCCCUCUAUCUGGGUCCCCCCCCCCCCGUACUGUCUCCCUCUAUCUGGGUCCCCCCCCUCCCCAUACUGUCUCCCCCUAUCUGGGUCCCCCCCUCCCCAUACUGUCGCCCUCUAUCUGGGGAAGAAAAGGGACCCUUUAUCUUGACAUGCCUUCUUUCUCUCUCCCCUUGCCUGCAUCUCUCAAUAGAUAUUACCUGCCAACUAUUUUUAGAAUUUUAUUAA